CCGCGGACUCGGAUAAGUUGACUCUCCCUCUAAAAGACGUACGCCGGACUAGUCACGAGUCUAGGGUCUAGGGACGACGACAGUAUAACGCCGCCGCCCGCUGUCGUGUACAAACCUCCUGGUUGCUCCGAGUCAACUUCAUAUUUAAACUCCAUUAUAGGAUAGUAUGUAUGCCCCAUCCAUCGCUCAAUUAGCCUCUAUUAUCCAUGUCCACACCUUUCCCCAGUGAUGAAACUGCAACGCAGGCUCCCGAAAACGUCUCGCAACUCGUCAAAGACGCUGGAAAUCCCAGCCUUGUCGACCUCUCGGAUGCACUAGGUUUGCCCGAAGGUGGUUUUGACGCUUGGGGCACAGUGCUGGGCUCUUUCUUGAUUCAAUUCUGUGGCUUCGGAUAUGUCAGCGCUUACGGUGUCUUCCAGGACUUUUACACUCAAACAUACCUAACCAAUUCCACACCAUCUGCAAUCGCCUGGAUAGGAAGUGUUAAUGCGUUCUUGAUAUUAUCAGUUGGUAUCGUGUCAGGAAGGAUGGUCGACCAGGGCGCAUUUUACCCUGUGAUGAAAAUCGGCUGUCUCCUUCAAUGCUUCUUCCUCUUUAUGUUGUCUCUAACGAAACCAGAUGGGUAUUAUCAAAUAUUUCUUUCCCAAGGUAUCGGUCUCGGUAUUGCAAUAGGCCUCACAAAUGUCCCGUCCAUCGCCAUAGUGUCGCAUCACUUCCAGCGACGCAGAGCUGUUGCGAUGGGAAUUGUCGUGGCAGGGUCGUCACUGGGUGCAAUCUUGUACCCCGUCAUGCUCAACAAUCUCAUCAAUGGAAGACUUGGCUUUGCAAAUGGUGUCCGUGCAAGCGCAGCCUUGAAUGGCGGCCUACUUUUUAUCGCAAAUCUCUUGCUGCGAACAAGGCUUCCACCGCAACCAAAGGCCGUCAGCUACACCCGCGUUCUGCGAAACUCAUCGAGAGAUGGCGCUUACAUGUGUGCUUGUGUAGGUAUGGCUGCUUUUGAAUUUGGGUACUUCUUCGAAGCCUUUUAUCUUCAGUUAGAUUCCACCCUGCAUGGUCUAAGUCAAGGAUUUUCAUUUUAUUCACUCACAAUUUUUAGUUCUGGUGGUUUCAUGGGAAGACUUACUGUAGGUUUUAUCUCUGCCUACGUGGGCAUCCCAAACACCAUCAUCGUCUCUUCAUUAAUAUCCUCCGCUGUACUAUUUGCAAUGGUUGGCCUGCACUCGGCCACCAGUGUAGCUGUUAUAGCUGCAAGCUAUGGGUUUUUUUCCGGAGGUGUUGUAGCGAUGAUGGGCCCGGCGAUAUCGAUUCUGACUCCUGAAAUAUCACAUAUUGGUGCACGGAUAGGGAUAGCGUUUGCAAUAGCUGGCAUUGGAUCACUCCUGGGUGCACCGAUUUGUGGAGCGUUCUUGACGUCUCAUUACAUUUGGUGGAAGGCUGUUAUCUUUGCUGGGAGCGUCGCUACUGGCGGCUGUAUCAUGUUCGUAUCUAUGCAAUUCAUCUCGGAGAUGCGUCAAAAGUCUUCAAGUGUUUGCUUCAAGAAAGCUGAUGUCUGAUUUGUGUCACCCGAGCAUGUAUUUCGCAUUGUACAUGAGAGAAUCUCUAUAUUUAUAUACCGAAUAUUAACAACGUUCGGACGCGGUGAUCCGCGAGCUGUAUAACGGAGGAAAAAGUUAUAGUAUGAAUAGCCAAUACAUGAGUCUGUUUUCGAU